AUGGGCACCGGGAGCAGGAGCUGGGCACUGGUGUGGGCCCUCGAAGCCCUGCUCAUGGUGUGGCCGGCAGAGACCCAGGGCCAUGAGGAGCUGAGCGGGGGAAACACAGAACCCCCCAGGGACAAUCAUAGGAGAAAUGGUGCCCACCUCACAUCUUCGUCCGCCUGGCCUGUGACCUUUCCACCUAUCACCAUCGUACCUAGCACCAGCGCCCUGAGCCCGUUGCACAACGGGCGGGUGUGCAGCACCUGGGGCGACUUCCACUACAAGACCUUCGACGGUGACGUCUUCCGCUUCCCCGGCCUCUGCAACUACGUGUUCUCCGCCCACUGCGGAGCCGCCUACGAGGACUUCAACCUGCAGUUGCGCCGCAGUCACGAGGGCUCCAGCUCCACCAUCAGCCGCAUUGUCCUCAAGGCCCAGGGGCUGGUGCUGGAGCUGUCCAAUAGCUCUGUCCUCAUCGAUGGGCAGCGGGAGGAGCUGCCCUACAGCCGAGCCGGCUUCUUGGUAGAGCAUAGCGGUGACUAUGUGAAGGUCACCGUCCAGCUGCUGCUGACCUUUCUGUGGAAUGGGAAAGACAGUGCCCUGCUGGAGCUGGACUCCAAGUAUGCCAACCAGACGUGUGGGCUGUGUGGUGACUUCAACGGGUUCCCAGCCAGCAAUGAGUUUUUUGUCCACAACACCAGGCUGACCCCUUUCCAGUUUGGGAACCUGCAGAAACUAGAUGGUCCCACGGAGCAGUGCCCGGACCCCCCGCCCUCACUGGCCAACAACUGCACAUACGAGGAGGACAUCUGCCACUGCACCCUGCUGGGCCCGGCCUUCGCUGAGUGCAAUAAGCUGGUGGAUGCCCACGCAUAUGUGGCUGCCUGUGUCCAGGACCUGUGCCACUGCCCCACGUGCCCAUGUGCCACCUUUGCUGAGUAUUCCCGCCAGUGUGCCCAAGCAGGGGGCCAGCCACAGAACUGGAGGGGCCCCAAACUCUGUCCGCGGACGUGUCCCCUGAACAUGCAGCACCAGGAAUGUGGCUCGCCCUGUGUGGACACCUGCUCCAACCCCCAGCGCUCCCAGCUCUGCGAGGACCACUGUGUGGCCGGCUGCUUCUGCCCUCCAGGCACGGUGCUGGACGACAUCACACACUCUGGCUGCCUGCCUCUGGCCCAGUGCCCUUGCACCCAUAGCGGCCACACCUACAUGCCCGGGACCUCCUUCACUACCACCUGCAGCUCCUGCACCUGCUUUGGGGGCCUCUGGCAAUGCCAGCACCAGCCAUGCCCUGGCACCUGCUCCGUGCAGGGCGGGUCCCACGUGUCCACCUAUGACAAGAAGCGGUAUGACGUCCACGGGGACUGCAGCUACAUCCUGUCCAAGAAAUGUGCUGAUGGCAGCUUCACUGUGCUGGCGGAGCUGCGGAAAUGUGGCCUGACAGACACAGAGAACUGCCUCAGAGCAGUGACGCUCAGCCUCCACGGUGGGGACACGACCAUCCGGAUCCAGGCCAGUGGUGGCGUGUUUGUGAACUCCAUCUACACCCAGCUGCCCGUGUCAGCAGCCAACAUCACCAUCUUCAGACCCACGUCCUUCUUCAUCCUGGUGCAGACGGGCCUGGGCCUGCAGGUGCAGGUGCAGCUGCUGCCUCUCAUGCAGGUGUAUGUCAGGCUGGACCCCACCCACCAUGGCCAGAUGUGCGGCCUGUGUGGGAACUUCAACCAGAACCAGGCUGACGACUUCAUGGCCCUCAGCGGGGUGGUGGAGGGCACGGGGGCCGCCUUCGCCAACACCUGGAAGACCCAGGCUGCCUGCCCCAAUGCCAAGAGCAGCUUCGAGGACCCCUGCUCGCUCAGCGUGGAGAACGAGAACUACGCCCAGCACUGGUGCUCACUGCUGACCAACCGCACAGGCAUCUUCUCAGCCUGCCACUCCACUGUCAACCCCUCAGCCUUCUACUCGAACUGCGUGUUCGACACCUGCAACUGCGAGAAGAGCGAGGACUGCCUGUGUGCGGCCCUGUCCUCCUACGUGCAGGCCUGCGCGGCCGAGGGCGUGCUGCUGCGCGGCUGGAGGGCCGGCGUCUGUGCCAAAUACAUGAGCAACUGCCCCAAGUCUCAAAGCUACAAGUAUGCGGUGGACACCUGCCCGCCCACCUGCCGGGCCCUGAGUGAGGCCGAUGCCACCUGCAGCGUCAGCUUUGUGCCUGUGGACGGCUGCACCUGCCCAGAGGACACCUUCCUGAAUGAGGCAGGCAUGUGUGUGCCGGCCCAGGAGUGCCCCUGCUACCUGCACGGCACCGUGGUGGCCCCCGGGGAGGUUGUGCAGGAACACGGCAUGGUGUGCUCAUGUGCAGAUGGGAAGCUGAGUUGCCUGGGAGCCCUGACGCAGAAGACCACAUUCGGGUGUAUGGCGCCAAUGAUGUAUCUGGACUGUAGCAAUGUCUCAGCGGGCACCCCGGGGGCUGAGUGCCUCCGAAGCUGCCACUCCUUGGACACGGACUGUUUCAGCACACAUUGUGUCUCGGGCUGCGUGUGUCCCCCAGGGCUGGUGGCAGAUGGGAGUGGGGGCUGCGUUGCCAAGGAGGACUGCCCCUGUAUCCACAAUGAGGCAUCCUACAAGCCCGGGGCCACCAUCCGGGUUGACUGCAACACCUGCACCUGCAGGGACCGCCGGUGGGAGUGCAGCAGCCGGCCUUGCCUGGGCACCUGCAUAGCCUACGGGGACGGCCACUUUAUCACCUUCGAUGGCGAGCGCUACAGCUUCGAAGGCAGCUGUCAAUACACCCUAGCCCAGGACUACUGUGGGGGCAGUGGCAGCCCCAGUGGGACCUUCCGCAUCACCACUGAGAACGUUCCCUGCGGGACCACAGGGACCACCUGCUCCAAGGCCAUCAGACUCUUCCUGGGGAGCUAUGAGAUGAUCCUCCAUGAGGGGGCCUUCAAGGUGGUGGAAAGGGGGCAGGGUGGGGAUCUGCCCUACAAGAUCCGCUACAUGGGCAUCUUCCUGGUCAUCGAGACCCGCAGCGGGUUGGUUGUGUCCUGGGACCGGAAGACCAGUGUGUUCCUUGGUCUGCAUCAGCAUUACAAGGGCAGGGUCUGUGGCCUGUGUGGGAACUUUGACGGCAAUGCCCUCAAUGACUUCACCACACGGAGCCAGGCUGUGGUGAGCGACGCGCUGGAGUUUGGCAACAGCUGGAAGUUCUCCCCGUCCUGCCCGGACGCCCUGGUGCCCAAGGACCCCUGCACCACCAACCCUUACCGCAAGGCCUGGGCCCAGAAGCAGUGCAGCAUCAUCCACAGCGCCACCUUUGCCACCUGCCACUCCCAGGUCGACUCCACCAAGUACUACGAGGCCUGCAUGCACGACGCCUGCGCCUGUGACACGGGGGGAGACUGCGAGUGCUUCUGCACCGCCGUGGCCGCCUACGCCCGGGCCUGCCACGAGGCCGGCGUGUGCGUGUCCUGGAGGACGCCCGACGUCUGCCCGCUGUUCUGCGACUACUACAACCCCCACGGGGAGUGUGAGUGGCACUACCAGCCCUGCGGGGCCCCCUGCCUGAGAACCUGCCGGAACCCAAGUGCACACUGCCUAUUCGACAUGCCGGGCCUUGAAGGCUGCUACCCGAAGUGCCCACCCAGUCAGCCCUUCUUUGACGAGGACCAGAUGAAGUGUGUGGCCCAGUGUGGCUGCUAUGAUGAGGACGGAAACUACUAUGACAUUGGCACACAGGUCCCCACAACCCAGAACUGCCAGAGCUGUCGCUGCUCCCCUGGAGGCCUCCAGUGCUCUCACAGUCCCUUGGCCUGCACAUGCACCUACGAGGGCCGCACCUACGGCUACCAGGACAUCAUCUACAACACCACCGACGGCCUGGGCGCCUGCUUAACGGCCAUCUGUGGAAAAAAUGGCACUAUCAUCAGGAGGGCUGAGGAAUGUGCUGGGGUCCCAUCCACGACGCCCUUCACCUUCACACCCUCCACCACAGGCUCAGUGCCCACGGAAUCCACAGUGUGUGUUCGUGAGGUGUGCCACUGGUCCAGUUGGUACGACAGCAGCCGUCCAGAGCCUGGGGCAGGAGGUGGUGACAUGGAGACAUUUGGGAACCUGAGGCAGAAGGGGUACCAAGUGUGCCUGGCCCCUGCUGCCAUCGAGUGCCGUGCAGAGCUGUUCCCCAGCAAAACCCUGCAGGAGCUGGGCCAGAAGGUAACCUGUGACACAGGUAGGGGUCUGACAUGUGCCAACAGUGAGCAGAGCACCCAGCUCUGCCACAAUUAUGAACUGCGGGUUCUGUGCUGCAUGCACAUGCCCUGCGGCCCCUCCCCGUCCCAAAGUACCAGUCCCCUCAGCUCCCACUCAACGGCAAAGGGCACCUGCCAGCCUCGAUGCAAGUGGACAGAAUGGUUCGAUACAGAUUACCCCAAAUCUGAGGAGGACGGGGGGGACACGGAGACUUAUGAUAGGAUUAAGAAUAAGGGGGGAAAUAUUUGUGAGCAGCCACAGGACAUUCAGUGUGAGACUGAACUGUACCCAGGAAAGACACUGGAGCAAGUGGGUCAGCGGGUAACCUGUGACAUACGCUAUGGACUACAAUGCCGAAACAAGGACCAGGAGGGGCGGUUCCCCAUGUGCUAUAACUACAGGGUUCGGGUGCUAUGCUGCACCAAAAGCCACUGCGCAGGACAGGAGAGCACCGGGCACUCGGCCACCACACAGGGUAAGACGACAAAGAGGACUCAGGUACUGUCCUCUAAGCCAAGCAUGGUGACCCCGAGAAUAACACAGAAAAUGACCACCACAACCACCACACACUGCGAACCGAAGUGCGAGUGGACCCAGUGGUUUGACUCGGACUUCCCCACCUCGGGGGUGGACGGCGGGGACAUGGAGACCUUCGAGAACAUCAGGGCCGCAGGGGGCAAGAUGUGCCAGCAGCCCCAGAAGAUAGAGUGCCGGGCAGAGAACUACCCCGAGGUCAGCAUCGACCAGAUCGGGCAGGUGGUGACCUGCAACCCCCAGGUGGGCCUGCUCUGCAGGAACAAGGACCAGUCGGGAGAAUUCAACGUCUGCUUCAACUACAACGUGCGAGUCCUCUGCUGCGACUCCAGCCACUGCCCCGGCCCGGCCACUCCCCUGCCCACCUCGGCCUGGCCUACCACGCCGACCACCACCCAGGCCACCACACUCUGCCAACCCAAGUGCGAGUGGACCCAGUGGUUUGACUCGGACUUCCCCACCUCGGGGGUGGACGGCGGGGACAUGGAGACCUUCGAGAACAUCAGGGCCGCAGGGGGCAAGAUGUGCCAGCAGCCCCAGAAGAUAGAGUGCCGGGCAGAGAACUACCCCGAGGUCAGCAUCGACCAGAUCGGGCAGGUGGUGACCUGCAACCCCCAGGUGGGCCUGCUCUGCAGGAACAAGGACCAGUCGGGAGAAUUCAACGUCUGCUUCAACUACAACGUGCGAGUCCUCUGCUGCGACUCCAGCCACUGCCCCGGCCCGGCCACUCCCCUGCCCACCUCGGCCUGGCCUACCACGCCGACCACCACCCAGGCCACCACUCUCUGCCAACCCAAGUGCGAGUGGACCCAGUGGUUUGACUCGGACUUCCCCACCUCGGGGGUGGACGGCGGGGACAUGGAGACCUUCGAGAACAUCAGGGCCGCAGGGGGCAAGAUGUGCCAGCAGCCCCAGAAGAUAGAGUGCCGGGCAGAGAACUACCCCGAGGUCAGCAUCGACCAGAUCGGGCAGGUGGUGACCUGCAACCCCCAGGUGGGCCUGCUCUGCAGGAACAAGGACCAGUCGGGAGAAUUCAACGUCUGCUUCAACUACAACGUGCGAGUCCUCUGCUGCGACUCCAGCCACUGCCCCGGCCCGGCCACUCCCCUGCCCACCUCGGCCUGGCCUACCACGCCGACCACCACCCAGGCCACCACACUCUGCCAACCCAAGUGCGAGUGGACCCAGUGGUUUGACUCGGACUUCCCCACCUCGGGGGUGGACGGCGGGGACAUGGAGACCUUCGAGAACAUCAGGGCCGCAGGGGGCAAGAUGUGCCAGCAGCCCCAGAAGAUAGAGUGCCGGGCAGAGAACUACCCCGAGGUCAGCAUCGACCAGAUCGGGCAGGUGGUGACCUGCAACCCCCAGGUGGGCCUGCUCUGCAGGAACAAGGACCAGUCGGGAGAAUUCAACGUCUGCUUCAACUACAACGUGCGAGUCCUCUGCUGCGACUCCAGCCACUGCCCCGGCCCGGCCACUCCCCUGCCCACCUCGGCCUGGCCUACCACGCCGACCACCACCCAGGCCACCACACUCUGCCAACCCAAGUGCGAGUGGACCCAGUGGUUUGACUCGGACUUCCCCACCUCGGGGGUGGACGGCGGGGACAUGGAGACCUUCGAGAACAUCAGGGCCGCAGGGGGCAAGAUGUGCCAGCAGCCCCAGAAGAUAGAGUGCCGGGCAGAGAACUACCCCGAGGUCAGCAUCGACCAGAUCGGGCAGGUGGUGACCUGCAACCCCCAGGUGGGCCUGCUCUGCAGGAACAAGGACCAGUCGGGAGAAUUCAACGUCUGCUUCAACUACAACGUGCGAGUCCUCUGCUGCGACUCCAGCCACUGCCCCGGCCCGGCCACUCCCCUGCCCACCUCGGCCUGGCCUACCACGCCGACCACCACCCAGGCCACCACUCUCUGCCAACCCAAGUGCGAGUGGACCCAGUGGUUUGACUCGGACUUCCCCACCUCGGGGGUGGACGGCGGGGACAUGGAGACCUUCGAGAACAUCAGGGCCGCAGGGGGCAAGAUGUGCCAGCAGCCCCAGAAGAUAGAGUGCCGGGCAGAGAACUACCCCGAGGUCAGCAUCGACCAGAUCGGGCAGGUGGUGACCUGCAACCCCCAGGUGGGCCUGCUCUGCAGGAACAAGGACCAGUCGGGAGAAUUCAACGUCUGCUUCAACUACAACGUGCGAGUCCUCUGCUGCGACUCCAGCCACUGCCCCGGCCCGGCCACUCCCCUGCCCACCUCGGCCUGGCCUACCACGCCGACCACCACCCAGGCCACCACACUCUGCCAACCCAAGUGCGAGUGGACCCAGUGGUUUGACUCGGACUUCCCCACCUCGGGGGUGGACGGCGGGGACAUGGAGACCUUCGAGAACAUCAGGGCCGCAGGGGGCAAGAUGUGCCAGCAGCCCCAGAAGAUAGAGUGCCGGGCAGAGAACUACCCCGAGGUCAGCAUCGACCAGAUCGGGCAGGUGGUGACCUGCAACCCCCAGGUGGGCCUGCUCUGCAGGAACAAGGACCAGUCGGGAGAAUUCAACGUCUGCUUCAACUACAACGUGCGAGUCCUCUGCUGCGACUCCAGCCACUGCCCCGGCCCGGCCACUCCCCUGCCCACCUCGGCCUGGCCUACCACGCCGACCACCACCCAGGCCACCACUCUCUGCCAACCCAAGUGCGAGUGGACCCAGUGGUUUGACUCGGACUUCCCCACCUCGGGGGUGGACGGCGGGGACAUGGAGACCUUCGAGAACAUCAGGGCCGCAGGGGGCAAGAUGUGCCAGCAGCCCCAGAAGAUAGAGUGCCGGGCAGAGAACUACCCCGAGGUCAGCAUCGACCAGAUCGGGCAGGUGGUGACCUGCAACCCCCAGGUGGGCCUGCUCUGCAGGAACAAGGACCAGUCGGGAGAAUUCAACGUCUGCUUCAACUACAACGUGCGAGUCCUCUGCUGCGACUCCAGCCACUGCCCCGGCCCGGCCACUCCCCUGCCCACCUCGGCCUGGCCUACCACGCCGACCACCACCCAGGCCACCACACUCUGCCAACCCAAGUGCGAGUGGACCCAGUGGUUUGACUCGGACUUCCCCACCUCGGGGGUGGACGGCGGGGACAUGGAGACCUUCGAGAACAUCAGGGCCGCAGGGGGCAAGAUGUGCCAGCAGCCCCAGAAGAUAGAGUGCCGGGCAGAGAACUACCCCGAGGUCAGCAUCGACCAGAUCGGGCAGGUGGUGACCUGCAACCCCCAGGUGGGCCUGCUCUGCAGGAACAAGGACCAGUCGGGAGAAUUCAACGUCUGCUUCAACUACAACGUGCGAGUCCUCUGCUGCGACUCCAGCCACUGCCCCGGCCCGGCCACUCCCCUGCCCACCUCGGCCUGGCCUACCACGCCGACCACCACCCAGGCCACCACACUCUGCCAACCCAAGUGCGAGUGGACCCAGUGGUUUGACUCGGACUUCCCCACCUCGGGGGUGGACGGCGGGGACAUGGAGACCUUCGAGAACAUCAGGGCCGCAGGGGGCAAGAUGUGCCAGCAGCCCCAGAAGAUAGAGUGCCGGGCAGAGAACUACCCCGAGGUCAGCAUCGACCAGAUCGGGCAGGUGGUGACCUGCAACCCCCAGGUGGGCCUGCUCUGCAGGAACAAGGACCAGUCGGGAGAAUUCAACGUCUGCUUCAACUACAACGUGCGAGUCCUCUGCUGCGACUCCAGCCACUGCCCCGGCCCGGCCACUCCCCUGCCCACCUCGGCCUGGCCUACCACGCCGACCACCACCCAGGCCACCACUCUCUGCCAACCCAAGUGCGAGUGGACCCAGUGGUUUGACUCGGACUUCCCCACCUCGGGGGUGGACGGCGGGGACAUGGAGACCUUCGAGAACAUCAGGGCCGCAGGGGGCAAGAUGUGCCAGCAGCCCCAGAAGAUAGAGUGCCGGGCAGAGAACUACCCCGAGGUCAGCAUCGACCAGAUCGGGCAGGUGGUGACCUGCAACCCCCAGGUGGGCCUGCUCUGCAGGAACAAGGACCAGUCGGGAGAAUUCAACGUCUGCUUCAACUACAACGUGCGAGUCCUCUGCUGCGACUCCAGCCACUGCCCCGGCCCGGCCACUCCCCUGCCCACCUCGGCCUGGCCUACCACGCCGACCACCACCCAGGCCACCACACUCUGCCAACCCAAGUGCGAGUGGACCCAGUGGUUUGACUCGGACUUCCCCACCUCGGGGGUGGACGGCGGGGACAUGGAGACCUUCGAGAACAUCAGGGCCGCAGGGGGCAAGAUGUGCCAGCAGCCCCAGAAGAUAGAGUGCCGGGCAGAGAACUACCCCGAGGUCAGCAUCGACCAGAUCGGGCAGGUGGUGACCUGCAACCCCCAGGUGGGCCUGCUCUGCAGGAACAAGGACCAGUCGGGAGAAUUCAACGUCUGCUUCAACUACAACGUGCGAGUCCUCUGCUGCGACUCCAGCCACUGCCCCGGCCCGGCCACUCCCCUGCCCACCUCGGCCUGGCCUACCACGCCGACCACCACCCAGGCCACCACACUCUGCCAACCCAAGUGCGAGUGGACCCAGUGGUUUGACUCGGACUUCCCCACCUCGGGGGUGGACGGCGGGGACAUGGAGACCUUCGAGAACAUCAGGGCCGCAGGGGGCAAGAUGUGCCAGCAGCCCCAGAAGAUAGAGUGCCGGGCAGAGAACUACCCCGAGGUCAGCAUCGACCAGAUCGGGCAGGUGGUGACCUGCAACCCCCAGGUGGGCCUGCUCUGCAGGAACAAGGACCAGUCGGGAGAAUUCAACGUCUGCUUCAACUACAACGUGCGAGUCCUCUGCUGCGACUCCAGCCACUGCCCCGGCCCGGCCACUCCCCUGCCCACCUCGGCCUGGCCUACCACGCCGACCACCACCCAGGCCACCACUCUCUGCCAACCCAAGUGCGAGUGGACCCAGUGGUUUGACUCGGACUUCCCCACCUCGGGGGUGGACGGCGGGGACAUGGAGACCUUCGAGAACAUCAGGGCCGCAGGGGGCAAGAUGUGCCAGCAGCCCCAGAAGAUAGAGUGCCGGGCAGAGAACUACCCCGAGGUCAGCAUCGACCAGAUCGGGCAGGUGGUGACCUGCAACCCCCAGGUGGGCCUGCUCUGCAGGAACAAGGACCAGUCGGGAGAAUUCAACGUCUGCUUCAACUACAACGUGCGAGUCCUCUGCUGCGACUCCAGCCACUGCCCCGGCCCGGCCACUCCCCUGCCCACCUCGGCCUGGCCUACCACGCCGACCACCACCCAGGCCACCACACUCUGCCAACCCAAGUGCGAGUGGACCCAGUGGUUUGACUCGGACUUCCCCACCUCGGGGGUGGACGGCGGGGACAUGGAGACCUUCGAGAACAUCAGGGCCGCAGGGGGCAAGAUGUGCCAGCAGCCCCAGAAGAUAGAGUGCCGGGCAGAGAACUACCCCGAGGUCAGCAUCGACCAGAUCGGGCAGGUGGUGACCUGCAACCCCCAGGUGGGCCUGCUCUGCAGGAACAAGGACCAGUCGGGAGAAUUCAACGUCUGCUUCAACUACAACGUGCGAGUCCUCUGCUGCGACUCCAGCCACUGCCCCGGCCCGGCCACUCCCCUGCCCACCUCGGCCUGGCCUACCACGCCGACCACCACCCAGGCCACCACUCUCUGCCAACCCAAGUGCGAGUGGACCCAGUGGUUUGACUCGGACUUCCCCACCUCGGGGGUGGACGGCGGGGACAUGGAGACCUUCGAGAACAUCAGGGCCGCAGGGGGCAAGAUGUGCCAGCAGCCCCAGAAGAUAGAGUGCCGGGCAGAGAACUACCCCGAGGUCAGCAUCGACCAGAUCGGGCAGGUGGUGACCUGCAACCCCCAGGUGGGCCUGCUCUGCAGGAACAAGGACCAGUCGGGAGAAUUCAACGUCUGCUUCAACUACAACGUGCGAGUCCUCUGCUGCGACUCCAGCCACUGCCCCGGCCCGGCCACUCCCCUGCCCACCUCGGCCUGGCCUACCACGCCGACCACCACCCAGGCCACCACACUCUGCCAACCCAAGUGCGAGUGGACCCAGUGGUUUGACUCGGACUUCCCCACCUCGGGGGUGGACGGCGGGGACAUGGAGACCUUCGAGAACAUCAGGGCCGCAGGGGGCAAGAUGUGCCAGCAGCCCCAGAAGAUAGAGUGCCGGGCAGAGAACUACCCCGAGGUCAGCAUCGACCAGAUCGGGCAGGUGGUGACCUGCAACCCCCAGGUGGGCCUGCUCUGCAGGAACAAGGACCAGUCGGGAGAAUUCAACGUCUGCUUCAACUACAACGUGCGAGUCCUCUGCUGCGACUCCAGCCACUGCCCCGGCCCGGCCACUCCCCUGCCCACCUCGGCCUGGCCUACCACGCCGACCACCACCCAGGCCACCACUCUCUGCCAACCCAAGUGCGAGUGGACCCAGUGGUUUGACUCGGACUUCCCCACCUCGGGGGUGGACGGCGGGGACAUGGAGACCUUCGAGAACAUCAGGGCCGCAGGGGGCAAGAUGUGCCAGCAGCCCCAGAAGAUAGAGUGCCGGGCAGAGAACUACCCCGAGGUCAGCAUCGACCAGAUCGGGCAGGUGGUGACCUGCAACCCCCAGGUGGGCCUGCUCUGCAGGAACAAGGACCAGUCGGGAGAAUUCAACGUCUGCUUCAACUACAACGUGCGAGUCCUCUGCUGCGACUCCAGCCACUGCCCCGGCCCGGCCACUCCCCUGCCCACCUCGGCCUGGCCUACCACGCCGACCACCACCCAGGCCACCACACUCUGCCAACCCAAGUGCGAGUGGACCCAGUGGUUUGACUCGGACUUCCCCACCUCGGGGGUGGACGGCGGGGACAUGGAGACCUUCGAGAACAUCAGGGCCGCAGGGGGCAAGAUGUGCCAGCAGCCCCAGAAGAUAGAGUGCCGGGCAGAGAACUACCCCGAGGUCAGCAUCGACCAGAUCGGGCAGGUGGUGACCUGCAACCCCCAGGUGGGCCUGCUCUGCAGGAACAAGGACCAGUCGGGAGAAUUCAACGUCUGCUUCAACUACAACGUGCGAGUCCUCUGCUGCGACUCCAGCCACUGCCCCGGCCCGGCCACUCCCCUGCCCACCUCGGCCUGGCCUACCACGCCGACCACCACCCAGGCCACCACACUCUGCCAACCCAAGUGCGAGUGGACCCAGUGGUUUGACUCGGACUUCCCCACCUCGGGGGUGGACGGCGGGGACAUGGAGACCUUCGAGAACAUCAGGGCCGCAGGGGGCAAGAUGUGCCAGCAGCCCCAGAAGAUAGAGUGCCGGGCAGAGAACUACCCCGAGGUCAGCAUCGACCAGAUCGGGCAGGUGGUGACCUGCAACCCCCAGGUGGGCCUGCUCUGCAGGAACAAGGACCAGUCGGGAGAAUUCAACGUCUGCUUCAACUACAACGUGCGAGUCCUCUGCUGCGACUCCAGCCACUGCCCCGGCCCGGCCACUCCCCUGCCCACCUCGGCCUGGCCUACCACGCCGACCACCACCCAGGCCACCACACUCUGCCAACCCAAGUGCGAGUGGACCCAGUGGUUUGACUCGGACUUCCCCACCUCGGGGGUGGACGGCGGGGACAUGGAGACCUUCGAGAACAUCAGGGCCGCAGGGGGCAAGAUGUGCCAGCAGCCCCAGAAGAUAGAGUGCCGGGCAGAGAACUACCCCGAGGUCAGCAUCGACCAGAUCGGGCAGGUGGUGACCUGCAACCCCCAGGUGGGCCUGCUCUGCAGGAACAAGGACCAGUCGGGAGAAUUCAACGUCUGCUUCAACUACAACGUGCGAGUCCUCUGCUGCGACUCCAGCCACUGCCCCGGCCCGGCCACUCCCCUGCCCACCUCGGCCUGGCCUACCACGCCGACCACCACCCAGGCCACCACACUCUGCCAACCCAAGUGCGAGUGGACCCAGUGGUUUGACUCGGACUUCCCCACCUCGGGGGUGGACGGCGGGGACAUGGAGACCUUCGAGAACAUCAGGGCCGCAGGGGGCAAGAUGUGCCAGCAGCCCCAGAAGAUAGAGUGCCGGGCAGAGAACUACCCCGAGGUCAGCAUCGACCAGAUCGGGCAGGUGGUGACCUGCAACCCCCAGGUGGGCCUGCUCUGCAGGAACAAGGACCAGUCGGGAGAAUUCAACGUCUGCUUCAACUACAACGUGCGAGUCCUCUGCUGCGACUCCAGCCACUGCCCCGGCCCGGCCACUCCCCUGCCCACCUCGGCCUGGCCUACCACGCCGACCACCACCCAGGCCACCACUCUCUGCCAACCCAAGUGCGAGUGGACCCAGUGGUUUGACUCGGACUUCCCCACCUCGGGGGUGGACGGCGGGGACAUGGAGACCUUCGAGAACAUCAGGGCCGCAGGGGGCAAGAUGUGCCAGCAGCCCCAGAAGAUAGAGUGCCGGGCAGAGAACUACCCCGAGGUCAGCAUCGACCAGAUCGGGCAGGUGGUGACCUGCAACCCCCAGGUGGGCCUGCUCUGCAGGAACAAGGACCAGUCGGGAGAAUUCAACGUCUGCUUCAACUACAACGUGCGAGUCCUCUGCUGCGACUCCAGCCACUGCCCCGGCCCGGCCACUCCCCUGCCCACCUCGGCCUGGCCUACCACGCCGACCACCACCCAGGCCACCACACUCUGCCAACCCAAGUGCGAGUGGACCCAGUGGUUUGACUCGGACUUCCCCACCUCGGGGGUGGACGGCGGGGACAUGGAGACCUUCGAGAACAUCAGGGCCGCAGGGGGCAAGAUGUGCCAGCAGCCCCAGAAGAUAGAGUGCCGGGCAGAGAACUACCCCGAGGUCAGCAUCGACCAGAUCGGGCAGGUGGUGACCUGCAACCCCCAGGUGGGCCUGCUCUGCAGGAACAAGGACCAGUCGGGAGAAUUCAACGUCUGCUUCAACUACAACGUGCGAGUUCUCUGCUGCGACUCCAGCCACUGCCCCGGCCCGGCCACUCCCCUGCCCACCUCGGCCUGGCCUACCACGCCGACCACCACCCAGGCCACCACUCUCUGCCAACCCAAGUGCGAGUGGACCCAGUGGUUUGACUCGGACUUCCCCACCUCGGGGGUGGACGGCGGGGACAUGGAGACCUUCGAGAACAUCAGGGCCGCAGGGGGCAAGAUGUGCCAGCAGCCCCAGAAGAUAGAGUGCCGGGCAGAGAACUACCCCGAGGUCAGCAUCGACCAGAUCGGGCAGGUGGUGACCUGCAACCCCCAGGUGGGCCUGCUCUGCAGGAACAAGGACCAGUCGGGAGAAUUCAACGUCUGCUUCAACUACAACGUGCGAGUCCUCUGCUGCGACUCCAGCCACUGCCCCGGCCCGGCCACUCCCCUGCCCACCUCGGCCUGGCCUACCACGCCGACCACCACCCAGGCCACCACUCUCUGCCAACCCAAGUGCGAGUGGACCCAGUGGUUUGACUCGGACUUCCCCACCUCGGGGGUGGACGGCGGGGACAUGGAGACCUUCGAGAACAUCAGGGCCGCAGGGGGCAAGAUGUGCCAGCAGCCCCAGAAGAUAGAGUGCCGGGCAGAGAACUACCCCGAGGUCAGCAUCGACCAGAUCGGGCAGGUGGUGACCUGCAACCCCCAGGUGGGCCUGCUCUGCAGGAACAAGGACCAGUCGGGAGAAUUCAACGUCUGCUUCAACUACAACGUGCGAGUCCUCUGCUGCGACUCCAGCCACUGCCCCGGCCCGGCCACUCCCCUGCCCACCUCGGCCUGGCCCUCCUCUCCAUCUCGCAUCCCUCCUGGGUUGCCUACUGGCUUCUCUAGUUCUCCCACUCCCCCUUCUCCAUGCUACUGUUCUGCAUUUGGACGUUUUUUCUCAGCUGGUGAUGUCAUCUACAACGAGACGGACGGAGCCGGAUGCAACUUCUAUGCCAUCUGUACUCAGGCGUGUGGCAUUGAGCGCUUUCCUGGCACUUGCCCCACAUCCUCCUCUACCACAUCCUACACCCCUGUGUCCUCUCCAUCAGAGCCUCUGGGCUGUGAUAAUGCUGUGCCUCCCCGACAGGUGAAUGAGUCCUGGACCCUGGAGAACUGCACAGUGGCCAGGUGUGAGGGCAACAAUCGUGUUGUCCUGCUAGAGCCAGUGCCUGUGGCCAGCGUCACCUGUGUGAACCAGCACCUGCCCAUCAAAGUGUGGAGCCAGAGCCAGCCUUGCCUCUUCCACUAUGAGUGCGAGUGCUUGUGCAGCAGAUGGGGCCGUGGGAACUUCAUGACUUUCGACGGGACCUGGUACUCCUUCAUGGGCAGCUGUACCUACACCCUCCUGAGGGAAAUCUACCCUCGCCAUGGGAACCUGAGCAUCCUCCUUGACAACCACCACUGCAAGGCGCACAACACCGCCAGCUGCCCCCGUGCCCUCCAAGUGUACUAUGAAUCCACAGAGAUUAUCCUCACCACCACCUCCAGCACUGACAGCGUUGGGGAGGAGAGCCUUAUCCUCUUCAACCAAAUGCGGGUGAGUCGGGGCUUCAGCAAGAAUGGCAUUAGCGUGUCAGUGUCUGCAGCCACCAUGAUGGGCAUCCAUAUUCCUGCUAUUGGCGUGAGCGUCACCUUCAAUGGGCAUGACUUCCAGAUCCGGCUGCCCUAUGGCUACUUUGGCCACAACACGGAAGGCCAGUGUGGCACCUGCACCAACAGCCAGAGUGAUGACUGCCGCCGGCCAGAUGGCACCAUCGCCCCCACUUGCCAGGACAUGGCCAAGACCUGGGUGGUGCCUGGAAGCAGCACAGAGGACUGCCAGGCAGGAGGCAGCCUUCCCGGCAGCACCAGCCCCCAGCCCCCGCCAGGCAGCACGCCCAGUUCCACCCCUUGCCCCCCAGCGCCCCUCUGCAAACUGAUGCUGAGUUCGGUCUUUGCUGAGUGCCACAGCCUCGUCCCACCUGGCCCUUUCUUCCAAACCUGUGUGAGUGACGGCUGCCAGGAUGGCCCCCUCAUGCUCUGCCAGAACCUGGAGGUCUAUGCAGCACUGUGCCGCCACCGGGGCGUAUGUGUGGACUGGCGCAAUGCCACCAGUGGGCUGUGCGACCUCCCCUGCCCACCCACCAAGGUAUACAGGCCAUGUGGUCCCAUGCAGCCUGCUUCCUGUGACUCCAGGACCCAUAGCCCCCUGAGCUCACGACUGGCUGAGGGCUGCUUCUGUCCUGAGGACCAGCUCCUCUUCAGCUUGAGCACAGACAUCUGUGUGCACGAAUGCUCCUGUGUGGGACCGGAUGGGUCUCCCAAGUUUCUGGGAGAGCAGUGGGUCAGCAACUGCCAGUCCUGCGUGUGUGACGAGGGCUCAGCAUCUGUGCGGUGCAGACCAAUGCAGUGCCAGGCCCAGGACCUGCCCCCGCAGUGUGGGCAGCCUGGCGUCGUGGCCCUGACCAGGCCCCAGGCCAACAACCCCUGCUGCUCUGAGACGCUGUGCGUCUGCAAUGUGACCACCUGCCCCCAGGACCCACCUGAGUGUGGGCCAGAACAGGAGCUGACCUACACCCAGGAAAAGGGAAACUGCUGCCCCAACUUCAGCUGCCGACCUAAGCUCUGCAACUACAAUGGCACUGUCUAUGGGGUCGGAGCCACCUUUCCAGGGGUCGUUCCCUGCCACACCUGCACCUGCCUCUCCACGGGUGCCCAGGCCCCCACCGUGCAGUGUGAGAAGGUCGCCUGCACCACUACCUGCCCUGAGGGCUUUGAGUAUUCAAGGGCAGUCAGACAGUGCAUACCAAUCACCUGCUUCACACCAGAGGGCCAGUCAGUCCAGCCCAAUGAAACCUGGGUCAGCAGCCACGUGGACAACUGCACUGAGUACCGCUGUGAGGUCAAGAGUGGGGUCCCCAUGCUGACCCCACAGCCCAAGCCUUGCCCUGAUGUGUCCAACUGUAGAGGGAUCCUCAGGAAAGCUGGCUGCUGCUACGCCUGUGAGGAAAGGGACCUGUGCCAAGUCCGUGGCAACCUGACCAUCCUGCGGUACCAGGGCUGUGAGACGGGGACCAUGGUCAAUGUCACCUUCUGCGAGGGUUCCUGUCCUGGAGUGUCCAAGUACCUGAUGGAGGCCCAGGCCAUGCAGCACCAGUGCACCUGCUGCCAGGAGAGGAGGACGCACCAGGAGGCGGUAACCAUGCGGUGUCCCGAUGGCACCGACAUUCAGCACACCUACACCCAGGUGGAUGAGUGCGGCUGCUCCCCAGCCUGCCUCUCGGUCCAGGCUCCCAUGGACACUCACACCUAGGGGCCACUGGUGGAGGACAUCCUGGCCCCAUCCCUCUGCCCCUGUACCUGGAGCCAGAACACGCACUGCUGACCGUGAAAACCUCGGUGGGCCUGUGGCUCCCACUGCCUCUGCCUACUUCUCCCGCCCUGCCAGGAAUCCAGUGCCCUGGAGCAGAGUGGCCAGUGAAGAUCCACUUGAGAGGGCACAGGCAGGUGUCCUGCUCUCAGAGACCCUCCAGCCUAUCUGGGCCACUGACCAUCAGGCCCCACCCUGGACCUGGAGGACUGCCCCCCACCCUGUCUUACACCUUCCUGGUGGCCUCAAGAUGCCCUGAAGCAAAAUGGAGCACCUGCUGCUGCCAUCCCUCACCACGGCCUGUGGCCCAACCCACAGGGCUCUGAGAAGCAGGAUUUUCUGCCAGCUGCCCAGGGGGCUGCCUGCCCAUAUCUGGACCCUGGAGGUGAC